AUGCCUACGUAUAGCAGGAGUGGGAAAGAUAUGAGGUACGGAGAUGAUUAUUCUAUAGAGGUGUUUGAGGAAAUGCCUGUGAGAGAUGUGGUUUUUUGGAAUUCAAUGAUCAGUAUGGUGAAUGGUGAGGUUGGACCUGCCACGAGGUUGUUUGAUUCCAUGCCGAAGAGAGAGAGGGAUGUUGCCACAUGGAAUUUUGUAGUCACGGGGCUUUCUAAGGCUGGGAAAAUGGAGUUGGCACGUUCGGUUUUUGAGAGGAUGUUGGUGAGAAGUGAGGUUUUGUGGAAUUCUAUGGUUUCAAGAUAUGUAAAAGUGGGUGAUGUGAAGACUGCACGGAACAUUUUUUAUCAGAUGCCGGAGAAAUCUGUGGUUUCUAGUACGGCGUUGAUAACUGGGUACACUAUAGUUGGUAAUCCUGAAUCCGUUAGCUAUUUGUUUUAUCAGAUGCCAGUAAAAUGUAGUUACAUGGAGUUCUAUGAUUUCAGGCCUGAUGCAAUUACAUUGGUCAGUGUGCUUUCUGUUUGUUCUCACUUGGGAUAUCUUGAAUAUGGAAAGUGGAUUUAUUCCUAUAUUAAGAAGAAUACGAUUGAAUUGUCAAAUCCAUUGGGGAAUACUUUGAUAGAUAUGUUUGCAAAAGGGCUAGCUGUUAAUGGGCAGUGUAGAGAAGCUUUAGAUAUCUUUGACAGUCUGUGUUCAGAAGGAACCAAACCAGAUGAUGUCAUCUUCAUUGCUGCUCUGACUGCUUGCACUCACGGAGGUUCGGUUGAGGAGGGUAAAACAGUAUAUAACCAGAUGGUGCAAGAGUUCAAUUUCAAACCAUGGAUUGAGCAUUAUGGUCGUAUGGUUGAUCUGCUUGGUCGAGCAGGGAAGUGGGAAGAAGCAACCAGGUUUAUAGAGAGCUUGCAUUUGGAGCCAAACACCGUCAUUUGGGCCAGCUUGCUGGGUUCUUGUAGGAUUCAUGGGAAAGGCGAGUUGUUGGAAUUGUUUGACCGGAAGAAUCUUGGAUCAGGGAACAAGACUCAUGAGUUUGUUGCAAAAGAUACCAGGCAUGAGAAAAGGAGGGAAAUAUUUGGUGCUUUGGAUUGUUUAUAUGAACAUUUAAAACAAAUAAGUGAUACAUCGUAUGUCAAAGAGAUAACUGAUUAUGUUUCUGAAGGAUUGGGUGGCAAAAUGCACACCUGUAAUGCUCUGGUUUCCGAUACAUUAAGUUCUCUUGUCCCUGGAAUACAAAUAUCGGGGCAUUGGUAUCCGGAUUAUGCUAAGGAAGCUUUAGAUUUGUGCAAUUCUGAUGCCUUGAGUUGCCAUUUCAGGUCUGUUUAG